AGAGCAAGAAGGUCACAUACAAAGUCUCGUUCGGGAUGUCUGAACUGUAAGCAGCGGCGGGUUAAGUGCGAUGAGAAGAAACCUAUAUGCUCGAAUUGCCAUAUGCGCUCCAUGACUUGUGACUACCCAAACCUUGAUAAGGCCAAACAGUCGCCAGGGGACCCAGCUUCGGCGCGACCAUCCACAUCAGACACCAGGACUACUUCGCAGAGCAUCGACCCCUCCUGUGUUCAGGGGAAAGGCCGGAUAUAUGCACGGCCAGUAGAGCUCAUGACAGCAGAGACACACGAUCCAUGCUCGAGAGAACAUCGUGCAAGUCCACAAGAAAUCCCAAUGGGAGAGGGAUUAUCCUUCGCCGAUCUAGAACUCUUCCACCAUUUCGCCACCUCAACCUACCGUACCCUCGCCAACGAAGUCGAGGGCGCCUCAAUAUGGCAACAAGACGUACUCCGAUGGAGCAUGGCCUUCCCAUUCAUGCUUCGCCUUGUAUUGGCCUUAUCCGCCCUCCAUCUAAGUCACGAGAGCAGCCCUACACAGGGACAGAUUCGCCAGACGCAGGCGGACGAUCACUUCGCGUGCGGGGUGCCUGCCGUGGUCUCGAUAGUCUCAAACCUGGACACCGCCAGCUGUCAACGGGCGUACAUCUCAGCUGUCAUGAUAUGCUUCAUUUAUCUAGCCAGAGGGCCGUGGCCGGGCCAGUACCUUCUAUUCAGUGACCACGGCCGAGCCGAGUGGUGGCUGCUCGUCCAGGGCAUUCGUCUUAUCGUGGGGUCAUAUCGAGAGCAUGUUUUCAGUGGCGCCUUGGCGACAGAGAGGACUGGUGAUUGUCAGAUGCUUUACAUCGGUGCAUUGUCGGCGAGGGAACUGUGCGAGCACAAGCUUCAUGUUCAUAGUCUCCGACAGCUGGUGGACCACAGUGUUGCUGACUGUGCCCAACGGGCGAGCUAUAUCCUGGCCAUCGACCUGCUGCUGCAACAACUUGACGGCGUUCAUCUAAAGCGCCCUGGCCGAGGAGAAACUCCAGUAUUUGUUCACGUUAUCAUCGAAUGGAUGCUCCAGCUUCCCGAGAACUUUGUCCUCUUAGUCGAGCAACAAAGGCCUGUCGCGAUGGUGAUCCUAGCUCACUGGACUAUCUUGUUAAGGUAUGUCAGCUCCGUGUGGUACUUGAAGGGCUGGAGCGAGCACAUCUUAGUAGGAAUCGGAGACUCGUUGGAAGAUGGUUUGCGGCCGUGGAUAGAAUGGCCCCUG